UAGUGGGCGAUCGGGGUAGCGCAUUAAGCACAACAAAGAUCAAGUCCAGGAGUCGCUAACGGCAAAGCUUCUUAAGACAGCUUCAGACCGCCUGAAUACCAGAGCAGACUCCGCUUGGAUUCAAAUUUAUUCUCGCAUUUACUCGACGGUCUACGAUCGUUGUCGCCGGAGACACAGUAUUCCGUUUUCUUUCAACUACGUUGGCUAUAAAGUUGUAUUUAGUCAGCUAGCUAGCGGACGCUAACCGAGCUCAUCUUACUUUAGUAGUGCAAACGACCCGGCGGUAGAUUGCGACCAGUUAUCGUGCGUUCUCACUGCCACUGUGUUCACUGGAUUGCCAGCUAGCUAGCUGUGACUCUAGCUAGCCGAUCGCAUCAGAGGCAGUUUCGGACAAACUUAGGUUAAAUAGCUAGGCUAGCUGGCUAACAUUUGUUUCAAGAAAAAGCUACGUAUCAGCCGAGGAGACAAGAAGCCUGUUGUGGCUACUAGCUAACAGCUCAUCUGGAUGAUGGUCAGGGCUUCGAUAUGUCACUAGUGCCCAGAAAACAGCACCAGUACAGUCAGCUAGCUAAAUGAAACACUGGACAAAGUGUGUAGUGGCUGGCUAGAUGAUCAGCUAACGACUACCAAUACAUCAGUUUUGUAGCUGCUAUGUUUUUGCACCGAGACUGACUGGCUAGCUAGCUUCUAGCAGUAGCUAUUCUAGGUUAGUUGACUGCCAACAGUUGAUCUUUUAACAUUUAAACAUGGGUGUGGUGGAGAGGUUUGUGUCUAAUCCGCUGAGUUCAUAGGAUGGAGAAAGCGUCUCCGAAGGACAACGGCAAACUGUGUUUAAAUCCUUUUCCUUCUCUACCCUGAAAAACAUUGACGCAGGUGGAACAGUAUUUUGGAUGUUGCAUGAAAAGGACACUGGAGGCCAUAGACGUGGCGAAGAAAAAAAGUAUAUAGGUUUUUAUUUAAAAAUGCGGAAUAAUCAUGCGAGGAAUAGUGGCACACCGGACUUGGAGACGAUAGCGACUAUACUUCUACAUGUAUGAACAUUGUAGGUUUAAUAACGAAAGAGAACUUCAAUAAUGUCUUCCUACGCCGAAUUCGUACCUCCCCCCGAGUGCCCGGUUUUUGAGCCGAGUUGGGAGGAUUUUUCGGAUCCGUUAGGGUUUAUAAACAAGAUACGACCCAUAGCGGAGCAAAGUGGCAUCUGCAAAAUCCGACCACCCCAGGAUUGGCAGCCCCCUUUUGCUUGUGAUGUGCGCAACUUUCAUUUUACGCCACGAGUGCAGAGGCUGAAUGAGCUGGAGGCCCUUACCAGAGUCAAACUCAACUUCUUGGAUCAAAUUGCCAAGUUUUGGGAACUUCAGGGCUCUAAACUGCGCUUUCCACAUGUGGAGAGAAAGAUCCUUGACUUGUACCUUCUCAGCAAGAUUGUGUCUGCAGAAGGAGGCUUUGAGGCUGUCUGCAAGGAGAAGCGGUGGUCCAAGAUAGCCAGUCGCAUGGGCUUGCCCUCGGGGAAGAGUAUUGGCUCCCUGCUGCGCACCCACUUUGAGAGGAUCCUUUACCCAUAUGAGCUGUUCCAGUCUGGAGCUUCGCUCUCUGGCGUUAACCGGCUGUACCAGGACGGGGAUGAAACCGAGGACGUGGAUGAAGGAAUAGAGGGUGGCUGUGAGGAAGAGGAGGAGGAUGAAGAAGAGAAGCAGAGGGAAAAGGAAGGCAGGGAACAGGAUGGUCUGGGAGAUGGGCCACAAAAUAAAGAGCACCCACUUCCUGAGAGGCGCUCACGACGUCUGAAGUCUGAGCGAGAGAACAAAGAGCCCAAAAGCCUGCAGAUCUUUGGCAGCAGUCCUAAGGUGGUCGGCCUGGAGAUCAUCCCGUCCGAUGACGGGUUCAAGAAACAGAGAUACCUCAAGGCACAAGCUUUUGCUAUUAAGAUGCGUCCACGCAAGGAAACUCUAGAAGUUAAUUUUAUUGACCUAUACAUGUGCAUGUCCUGUGGGCGGGGUGAUGAGGAGGACCGCCUCCUGUUGUGUGAUGGCUGUGAUGACAGCUACCACACAUUUUGCCUGAUCCCACCACUUCAGGAUGUGCCAAAGGGUGACUGGCGCUGUCCCAAGUGUGUGGCAGAGGAGUGCAGCAAACCUCGGGAGGCGUUUGGCUUCGAGCAGGCGGUGCGGGAGUACACGCUGCAGAGCUUUGGCGAGAUGGCAGAUCACUUCAAGUCGGACUACUUCAACAUGCCAGUUCAUAUGGUGCCCACUGAGCUGGUGGAGAAGGAGUUCUGGAGGCUGGUGAGCAGCAUUGAGGAGGACGUGAUCGUGGAAUACGGGGCCGAUAUCAGCUCCAAAGAAGUGGGCAGUGGAUUUCCUGUCCGAGACGGGAAGAGACGACUCUUGGGGGACGAGGAGGACUACGCCAACUCCGGCUGGAACCUGAACAACAUGCCUGUGCUGGAACAGUCCGUGCUCGCCCACAUCAAUGCCGACAUCUCGGGCAUGAAGGUACCCUGGCUCUACGUGGGCAUGUGCUUCUCCUCCUUCUGCUGGCACAUUGAAGACCACUGGAGCUACUCCAUCAACUACCUGCACUGGGGGGAGCCCAAGACGUGGUACGGGGUCCCCGCCCAUGCAGCAGAACAGCUGGAGGCAGUGAUGAAGAAGCUAGCCCCGGAGCUGUUCGACUCUCAGCCAGACUUGCUGCACCAGCUGGUCACCAUCAUGAACCCCAAUGUUCUCAUGGAGCAUGGCGUGCCAGUGUUUCGGACCAACCAGUGUGCUGGGGAGUUUGUGGUUACCUUCCCAAGGGCAUAUCAUAGCGGCUUUAACCAGGGCUACAACUUUGCUGAAGCUGUCAACUUCUGUACUGCAGACUGGCUGCCCCUGGGCCGCCAGUGCGUGGCGCACUACCGCCGCCUGCAGCGCCACUGCGUCUUCUCGCAUGAGGAGCUGCUGUGCAAGAUGGCGGCCGACCCGGAGAGCCUAGACGUGGAGCUGGCCGCUGCCGUGCACAAGGAGCUCGGGGAGUUGAUGGAGGAAGAGAGCAGCCUCCGGCAGGCCGUGCAGGACAUGGGGGUGCUGUGCUCUGAGCAGGAGGUGUUUGAGCUGGUCCCCGACGAUGAGCGACAGUGUUGCAGAUGUAAAACCACCUGCUUCCUGUCAGCGCUGACGUGCCCGUGCAGCCCCGAGCGCCUGGUGUGCCUGCACCACGCCGCUGAGCUGUGCGACUGCCCUCUUGCUAACAAGUGCCUCAGGUUCAGGUACGAUCAGGAGGAGUUCCCUGCAAUGCUGUAUGGGGUGAAGUCACGCGCCCAGUCCUAUGACACCUGGGCCAAGAGAGUCAGCGAUGCCAUGGGAGCCGAUCACAAGAACAAGAAAGAUCUGAUUGAGCUGAAGGUGCUGCUAGAGGACGCAGAGGACAGGAAGUACCCAGAGAACAAUCUGUUCCGCAAGCUGCGGGAGAUGGUGAAGGAGGCAGAGACCUGCUCCUCCGUGGCCCAGCUGCUCCUCAGCCACAAGCAGAGAACCAAAAGGGAGCGACCAGAGAGCGGCCGCACGCGCACCAAGCUGACGGUGGAUGAGUUGAAGGCCUUCGUGGAGCAGCUGUUCCGUCUGCCCUGCGUCAUAAGCCAGGCGCGUCAGGUCAAAGAGCUGCUGGAGAACGUGGAGGACUUCCACGAGCGCGCACAGGUGGCCCUGGCUGACGAGACGCCCGAUUCGGCCAAGCUGCAGGCCCUGGUUGACCUGGGCGCUGGCCUGGACGUGGAGCUGCCCGAGCUGCCGCGCCUCAAGCAGGAGCUCCAGCAGGCGCGCUGGCUCGAUGAGGUGCGCCUGGCCCUGCAGGAACCGCAGCGAGUCACGCUCGAGCUCAUGAAGCGCCUCAUUGACUCGGGCGUGGGUCUGGCGCCGCACCACGCUGUAGAGAAGGCCAUGGGCGAGCUACAGGAGAUCCUCACCGUGUCCGAGCGCUGGGAGGACAAGGCUCGGGCCUGCCUGCAGGCCAGACCACGGCACAGUAUGGUCAGCCUUGAAAGCAUCGUCAUAGAGGCCAAGAACAUUCCUGCCUACCUGCCCAAUGUGCUGGCCCUUCGAGAAGCACUGCACAAAGCCAAGGAGUGGACAGCCAGAGUGGAGGCCAUCCAGAAUGGCAGCAACUACGCCUACCUAGACCAGCUGGAGGCUCUGUUGGCAAGGGGCCGGUCCAUUCCCGUGCGUCUGGAUGCCCUGCCGCAGGUGGAGUCCCAGGUGGCCUCGGCCCGAGCCUGGAGGGAGAGGACGGCUCGCACCUUCCUCAAGAAGAACUCCACCUACACCCUGCUGCAGGUCUUGAGCCCCCGCGCGGACAUCGGCGUGUACGGCACAGGCAAGAGCAAGCGCAAGCGGGCCAAGGAGCUGCUGGAGAAGGAACGCGGCGGGGAUCUGGACAGCCUGAGUGACCUGGACGAUGUUGGCGAGGAGGUGUGCGAGCCCGCCGCUGUAGUUGCAGCCUUCAAGGCCAAGGAGCAGCAGGAGGUAGAGGCAAUCCACUCGCUGCGCGCCGCCAACCUGGCCAAGAUGGCCAUGGCCGACCGCAUUGAGGAGGUCAAGUUCUGCCUGUGCCGCAAGACGGCCGUGGGCUUCAUGCUGCAGUGCGAGCUGUGCAAGGACUGGUUCCACGGCGCCUGCGUGCCCCUGCCCAAGACGGGCUCGCAGAAGCGGCUGGCGGCCGGCUGGCAGGGGGGCAGCAAGGAGGCCAAGUUCUUGUGCCCGCUGUGCCAGCGCUCGCGCCGGCCCCGUCUGGAGACCAUCCUGUCGCUGCUGGUGUCCCUGCAGAAGCUGCCUGUGCGACUGCCCGAGGGCGAGGCGCUGCAGUGCCUGACGGAGCGCGCCAUGAGCUGGCAGGACCGUGCGCGGCAGGCCCUGGCAACCGACGAGCUCUCGUCCGCCCUGGCCAAGCUAUCCGUGCUCAGCCAGCGCAUGGUGGAGCUGGCGGCGCGCGAGAAGACGGAGAAGAUCAUCAACGCCGAGCUGCAGAAGGCCGCCGCCAACCCAGACCUGCAGGGUCACAUCCAGACGUUCCAGCAGGCAGGCUUCAGCAGGGCCACCUCGCCCCGUGCCUCCCUGGACUACGACGACGAGGAGACCGACUCUGACGAGGACAUCCGCGAGACUUACGGCUAUGACGUAAAGGACUCUGGGGAAUUGAAGCCCUACUUGUUCUGUGAUGAGGAGAUCCCUGUGAAAUCGGAAGAAGUCGUCAGUCACAUGUGGCCAGCCACGCCCUCCUUCUGCGCAGAACAUGCCUAUUCUUCUGCCUCCAAGUCUUGCCCCCAGAACCAAACCACCCCACGCAAGCAGCCCAGGAAGACACCCCUGGUGCCACGCAGCCUGGAGCCGCCGGUGCUGGAGCUGUCCCCGCCUGCCAAGGCCCAGCUGGAGGAGCUGAUGAUGGAGGGCGACCUGCUGGAGGUCUCCCUCGAUGAGACGCAGCACAUCUGGAGGAUCCUGCAGGCCACGCACCCUCCCUCUGAGGAUCGCUUCCUGCAGAUCAUGGAGUUUGAGGAGCCCCUGCUGGAGAAGCCCAUGAAGCUGAAGGUGAAGGACGUGGAGAGGAAGAGGAAGAGGAAGCUGGAGCGUGCCGAGCAGCAGCAGCUGCUGAUGGCGGCCGGCGGCGGCGGCGUGGAGGGCCGGCCCAAGUGCAAGGACAUCAAGCGCGUCCUGGAGGCGGGGAGCAAGCCCAAGAAGAAGAAGCUCAAGUUCAGCCCGGACAAGUCACGCGAGCUGAAGCAUCUGGCCAAGCGCCUGGCCAAGGAGGAGAAGGAGAGGAAGAGGAAGGAGAGGGCCGCGGCGGCCAAGGCCGAGCUAGCCAAGGAGAGCCUGGAGAAGAAGAAGGAGAAGAAGGUCCUGGACAUCCCCUCCAAGUACGACUGGUCGGGAGCGGAGGACUCGAACGACGAGAACGCCGUGUGCGCCGCUAAGAACUGCCAGAGGCCGUGCAGGGACAAGGUGGACUGGGUUCAGUGUGAUGGCGGAUGUGAUGAGUGGUUCCAUCAGGUGUGCGUCGGUGUGUCAUGCGAGAUGGCUGAAAACGAAGACUAUAUCUGCUCCGCCUGCUCCCGUAAGGCGGGAGCACUUCCUGGAGGCGGGGCAUGCAUUAAAGUGGGUGUGGAGGCUGUGGUAGUGACAUCCCCCGUCUGUAGUACUCAGACACUCUCUCCCCUGUCCCAGCCAGAGCCCCAGGAGGGCAGCUAACCCACACAGCCUGUGGACUACAUACGGUCCCUAGAACUGCUCUGUUUCUUUGCUCCAGUCCUUAGGGCAGCCAAUCAAAAUACAAACCCAGAAAUCCCCUCUUGAACCUAUUGGUGGACUGUGAUGCAUAAUUGCAACCUCACUGCUGCACAGUGCAUAAACAAAAAGGAUGAGUUAUGUUACAUGAGCAGUAGUCUGUCAUGGUGUCUGCAUGGGUGGAUUCUAAUCAUGGAUUAUCACUUGCAUCAAGAUGUUUGAUGAACAGGCCUGGAGAAACUCAGAACUGGUCAAAUGGCACACUGGAGACAUUCCAUCUUGCGCCGUAGUCUAGGGUUAUCCAGGGGUAUGCAGAUCUUUUGUAAUUACAGAUAGCUGAAGGAAAUGUUAACAUAACUGAUUGGCCACUUUGCCAUCACACCUGACUGCUAAGUAAAGGGAAAGAGUGGAAAAUCUAGGACCAUGAGACCUGUGAUUUGAAUACCCCUGCCAUAAUUAUAGACCCAAAAAAUGUCAUGGCCAAACAAACAUCAGUCUUCUCAAUGCUCAUAUUUUGUUUUUGUUUUUUCAUUUUGUUUCCUCACCCUCCAGACUGGUUGACUAUAGAGCUUAGGUUGAGCCUCGACCACAUACACCAGCAACCUACCAGCACACACGUGGGAUAUUGUUUGUCAAGAUUGUUUAAACUUGCCUAAUGAUUUCCCCCCCAUGUUGACAGUUGUACUCACAGACCAUAAUAUUUUGACCCUACGGUAUCCCCCAAUGAUCUACUUGGCUUUGGAUGUCCCAUCAACAGCCUAGGAGGAUUACUAACCUGCUCAUCUUGAUCUACCUGGUGAAUAAACAAGUUGCCACUCAACAUGUAGCACCUGGAUAGUUGUAUGCAGUUAAAUAUAUUUAUGAUGUAAAUAGGUUUUAAGGAAUCCAUAAUGUGGCUGUUUUCAUUGCUCAACUUUAUUAAAACUAUUCCUAGUGAAACAAA